AAAUAACAGUUCUUGCGCUAGCGUUACAUUAACCGGAAGUUUUGGAAACUUAAAGGAAUACUUUGUCAAAAAAGUAUUCUUUGAAGGGCACACGGCCAAAGUUAUUCUUUGUGACCGGAACUAUAUAGCGACGCGUACGUGCAGUGUUCGGUUCACAGCGGUCACAUUAAGACCUGACAUUAUAGUGUUUUAAACCUAUUGGGCGAUUAAGCCGCAGUGCCUAAAAUAGUAUGUAAAAUGUGUGGCUCAAGGAAAUUCCUAUAUAUAUGUAAUGUCAAGGACGCAGUCGUGGAAAAUCUACUGGAUAGGGGAAAUUGAGUCUUCUGUUAUUUUCAAUCAAAACGAAAUGGGGAAGGAGAGGUUAAAGUUGAGAAGUUACCAUGGAAUGUUCACUGGUAUAAAGGAUAACUCAGGCACAACAGGAUACACCUUUAGCUGGAAUCCAUGUACACCUUUCAGUCAAGGUACUAAAUGUGAAGAUACCUUGGUCUGCCAGCAAACUGGUUCAGUUUAUGUCCCAAUUGCAGAUGAAGUGAGCAGCUUUGAUGUAAAUGGGGAUGGCACCAUAAGUAUAAUAUACCAUUCAGUUACAGGAAGUGAAGGCAAGAUAAGACGAGCGAUCAUUAAGUUGAAGUGUGACCCAUCUCAACCUGAUCGUGGAACGCUUGAUCCGUUUACUGAGAAGUCAAAUCCAGCUGCAGAAAAUAAGAUAAAUUAUACAUCAACGUUUACUUCCAAAUAUGCAUGUCCCGAAAGUGAAGGACUAAGUGCAGGCAGUAUUCUUCUUAUUGUGUUCUUUCCAUUGGUUCUGGUCUAUUUCAUCGCAGGGUUGUUAUUUAAUAAAAUUCACAAGGGUGUUAACAGCUUUCCUGAAAUGAUCCCUAAUCAUUCUUUCUGGGGAGAUUUACCAUUUUUAGUCAAGGAUGGCUGUGUUUUCACAUUUCAAGGGAUAGCUGGCUGUUGCAAACGUGUGUCUAUGAAGUUCAAAGGGGACUCUUAUGCUGAAAUAUGAUUUUAUACGUAAUUUCUUUUUUUCUUUUUUUUUUUUAAUAAUUCUGUGAUUGCAUUCACAAAUAUCGUAUGACUUACACGCAGUAUAAUUAAAGCUUCCAUGACUGCGGACUUAAUGUUUUUUUAACACGUUUUUGUGGUCUCCCUAGAAGGUUAAGUUAAGAUUUAGGCAAAAAAGCUGUUAAAUGUUUUGUUUUGUUGUUGUUGUUUUCUUAAAUAACAGGGCCACUGAGUUCUUACAGUAAAAAUAAUUUUCUAAAAGCUUUGAAUCCAUUUUGAUUCAGGGAUCGGUCAUUAUUUAUUUGCGGGGAGGGGGAAGGGGAGGAUUUUGGUUGUGUCGAGGCUCUGUACCCUCAUUGGCAGUCAAUUCUAUGAAGUCAUCCCUUUACACUGUGCCAUCGACGACUGAUCUUCCCACCGUUUCCGUUGAAAGCCAUAUGACCCCUCCCCCCCCCUUACUUAAAAAAACUGCCUGUCCUCUAACACGAUAAAUAUUGACUGGUCUCUUAGGUAAUAGUAUUUGUGAACUUUUAUUUGGUUUACACCAUCUAUACUCCGCGCCUGCAAUGUCCUUAAAUGUUGUUUUACGCGAGUCGUGUUAAGCUUUGCUGAUGUGGUCUGCUGGAAAGAUUAAGUGAAUGAUCAGUUUGGUUGAAUAGCACAUGAAUCCUCAUGUAGAUAAAAGAAAACACACUGGAAUAGUCAGAGAGGACUGAAAAAUUAAAAAGAACAAAAAGUGACUUUCGUAAAUUCAGCGCAUUCUACUGAGCAAGCCAGUGAGAUAAAUUUAUUUUACCUUUUGAUUAAUACAUGAAGAAUUUUGUAUGUUAACGAAAAUAGGGUGGCAAAUGUCGAGAUUUUAAACCAAAAUAGCCAGAAUGAUUGAUGCCUUUUCUUAAUGUAAGAUAAUGUUAAGAUAAUUUUAUUUUUUUUCAAAUUCUUGAUAGAAAGUGUAAGUUCAUUAUUUCAAUAAAUUUUGCAAUAAA